AUGGCCGGAGUUGAACUAGAAAAUGGAAAACCUGUGCAAGAACUGGUAGAAAAUGGAAUUGAGUUUCCAAAUAAUUAUAUUUGGGAAAGUCCUAAUUUUGGAACCAUAGAUGCUUCUGUUCCCCUUGGAGACAUUCCAGUUAUUGAUAUUACUCAAUUGAAUGAUUCAGAUCAACUUCAAUCAGCACUUAGCUCCUGGGGAUGCUUUCAGGCUAUCAAUCAUGGAAUUGAAAAUUCCUUUCUGGAAGAAGUAUGUGAAGUUGCUAAACAAUUUUUUCAGCUUCCAAUGAUGGAGAAGGAAAAAUAUGCGAGACAGAAAGGUGACUUUGAUGGGUACGGCAAUGAUAUGAUUCUUUUCCACGAUCAAACGCUUGAUUGGAACGAUCGCUUGUACCUUUCACUCAUCCCACAGGAUGAGAAAAAACGACAGUUUUGGCCUCAAAAUCCACAAUCUUUUAGGACGAUAUUGAAUGAGUUAGCUACAAGGAUACAACAGACAGAAAAAAUGCUUCUGAAAUCCAUGGCAAGGUCACUGUGCUUAGAAGAGGACUGCUUUUUGAAGAAAUUUGGUGAGCGUAGAAUAAUUGGUGCAAGAUUCAACUAUUAUCCUCCAUGUCCAAGGCCCGAUCUUGCUCUCGGAAUCAAGCCACAUGCAGAUGGAUCCACAAUAACUUUUCUCCUGCAAGACAAUGAAGUCGAAGGUCUUCAAGUCAUGAAAGAUGAUAAGUGGUUUCGUGUUCCUAUAAUACCUUAUGCUUUUCUUGUUCUUGUCGGUGAUCAAAUGGAGAUAAUGACUAAUGGAAUUUUCAAGAGCCCAGUGCACACAGCACUGGCAAACUCCACCAAGGAAAGGCACACUAUGGCCAUAUUCUAUUCUCUUCUAGUUGUUAAUCUUUCCAUGACAAGCUCUAUCUUUCUACUCUUUCGGUUUGUUGUGUGA